AUGAUUGAAGUAUAUACUCCUCAAACGGGUUGCAAAGAAGAAGAGAAAGAUGACUUUAGAGCUAUCCUUGAUGUGGAAAUCCCUAAGAAUGACCUAGUCAUAUUAGGUGGAGACUUAAAUGCGCAUGUGGGAAAAGUAAGAGACAGCUACAAAAGGCAUCAUGGUGGUUUUGGAUAUGGGGAAGGAAAUGAAGGAGAGCAUGUACUGAAAUUUGCGCAAGCCUUCGACCUUGCCUUAACCAACACCUACUUUAAGAAAAAUGACAGUUUAAUAGCAUAUGAGGUGUGGUACAAAAAAACCCAGAUAGAUUACAUGCUUAUCUCUCACAGAAGAUUAAAAGAUAUAAUAGACUGCAAAGUCAUCCCCUGCGAAGAUAUUGCCGCACAACACAAGCUACUAGUCAUGGAUUUACAUAUCACAAAUAAAUCCACGCAAAACAAGAUAAAACUUAAACCAUGCAUCAAAUGGGGUAGAUUAAAAUGA